UCUUGCUCGGAGAGGGAUUUCUGUUGCUUAGUGCUAUAUUUUCAUUUCUCUGGCGCCAAAGAACAUCUGCAUCUAGAGUUAUAAGGUGAAACUUAUUUACAGGUGCAAUGUCUUGCCCACCGAAAUCAGAUGACUUGGUUUUCUUUGUGAAUGGGAGGAAGGUGAUAGAGAGGAAUGCGGACCCAGAAGUCACUCUGCUGAACUUUCUACGAAAGAACUUACGCCUCACAGGAACCAAGUAUGCCUGUGGAAGAGGAGGCUGCGGUGCCUGUACUGUGAUGGUGUCCAAGCAUGACCCAGUGUCUGCGAAGAUAAGACACUUCUCCAUUACUGCAUGUCUGGUGCCCAUCUGCUCUCUGUAUGGGGCUGCUGUCACCACUGUAGAAGGUAUUGGAAGUAUCAACACCAGGCUUCACCCUGUGCAGGAGAGGAUCGCCAGGAGCCACGGCACCCAGUGUGGAUUCUGCACCCCUGGGAUGGUGAUGUCCAUGUACACACUGCUUAGGAACCACCUACAGCCUUCAGAGGAGCAGCUCAUGGAAGCCCUGGGGGGUAAUCUAUGCCGCUGUACUGGGUAUCGGCCAAUUCUCGAAAGUGGAAGGACCUUCUGUGUGGAGUCAACUGACUGUCAAAAGAAAAGAACAGGAAAAUGCUGCUCGGAUCUGGGAGGAAAUGAUUCUUCCUCACUCAGCAGGGAAAGUGACAUUUGCACAGACUUAUUUGUGGAAGAGGAGUUCCAGCCCUUGGACCCUACCCAGGAGCUCAUAUUUCCCCCAGAACUCUUGAGAAUGGCAAAGAACCCAGAAAAACAAACCCUGACCUUCCAUGGAGAGAGGGUUACCUGGAUCUCCCCUGGCACCCUCAAGGAUCUCCUGGAGCUGAAAGCAAAACAUCCUGAGGCCCCUCUCAUCUUGGGCAACACUUCACUGGGACCUGCAAUGAAAUCUCAAGGACGUGUUCACCCAAUUCUCCUCUCUCCUGCUAGGAUUUCUGAGCUCAGUAUGGUAUUUAAAACAAGUGAUGGACUGACAAUAGGUGCUGGCUGCAGUCUGGCCCAAGUGAAGGACAUUUUGGCUGAGCAAGUUUCCGAGCUUCCAGAGGAGAAAACUCAGACAUACCGAGCCCUCCUAAAGCACCUGAAGAGUCUGGCAGGACAGCAGAUCCGGAAUAUGGCAUCCUUAGGGGGACAUGUUAUAAGCCGACAUUGCUAUUCGGAUCUGAAUCCAAUUUUGGUUGUGGGCAAUGCUACCCUCAAUCUGAUAUCAGAAGAAGGUACACGGCAGAUCCCUCUAAAUGACCAUUUUCUUGCUGGGUUGGCAAGUGCAGACCUUAAGCCAGAGGAAAUUUUGGAAUCUGUGUACAUCCCGCACUCUCAAAAGUGGGAAUUUGUGUCAGCCUUCCGACAGGCUCAGUGCCAGCAAAAUGCCUUGGCCGAUGUGAGUGCUGGCAUGCGAGUCAUUCUUGAAGAAGCCACAGACACCAUCAAGGAGCUGAGCCUCUCCUAUGGAGGGGUUGGGGAAGCCACAAUUGGUGCACAUAAAUCCUGCCAGCAGCUCAUAGGGAGGCCCUGGAAUGAGCCAAUGCUGGAGGAAGCUUGCAGGCUGCUUCUGGAAGAGGUCUCCCUCCCAGGCUGGGCUCCAGGGGGAAGAGUGGAAUUCAAGAGGACUUUGGUGGUCAGCUUCUUCUUCAAAUUCUACCUAGAAGUUCUGCAGGAACUGAAGAAGCUUGCAAAAGUGUCUGACAGUCAUCAUUAUCCUGAAAUUUCAGACCGAUUCCUAAGUGCUCUAGAAGAUUUCCCUGUCACAGGACCCCGGGGAGUCCAAAGGUACCAGAGUGUGGAUUCUCACCAGUCCCUCCAAGAUCCAGUUGGACGCCCCAUCAUGCACCUGUCAGGUCUUAAACAUGCUACAGGUGAAGCCAUAUUUUGUGAUGACAUCCCUAUGGUGGAUAGAGAACUUUUCAUGGUUUUGGUGACCAGUACAAAAGCCCAUGCAAAAAUCAUAUCAAUUGAUUUGUCUGAGGCCCUUGAACUACCUGGGGUGGUUGAUGUGAUAACAGCUGAGGACAUUCCAGGCACCAAUGGUGCCGAGGAUGACAAAUUGUUGGCUGUAGAUGAGGUGCUUUGCGUGGGCCAGAUCAUCUGUGCUGUGGUUGCAGAGACAGAUGUACAGGCAAAGAGAGCAAUUGAAAAGAUACAGAUCACCUACAAAGAUCUGGAGCCCAUAAUCUUCACCAUCAAGGAUGCCAUAAAGCACAACUCAUUCCUAUGCCCUGAAAAAAAACUUGAACAAGGAAACAUUGAGGAGGCAUUUGAAAAAGUCGAUCAAAUUGUUGAAGGAGAGGUCCAUGUUGGAGGCCAGGAACAUUUCUACAUGGAAACACAAAGAGUGAUUGUUAUUCCAAAGGCAGAGGACAAAGAACUGGACAUUUAUGUAUCAACACAGGAUCCAGCCCACGUGCAGAAAACAGUGUCCUCUACUUUAAAUAUCCCCAUCAACAGGAUCACCUGUCAUGUCAAGCGGGUGGGUGGAGGUUUUGGCGGAAAAGUAGGAAGACCAGCUGUAUUUGGGGCUAUUGCUGCUGUGGGUGCUAUCAAAACUGGUCGUCCCAUUCGUCUUGUUCUUGAUCGUGAAGAUGAUAUGUUAAUAACUGGGGGAAGACACCCAUUAUUUGGAAAAUAUAAAGUGGGAUUCAUGAACAAUGGGCGAAUCAAAGCUCUAGACAUUGAGUGUUUCAUUAAUGGAGGAUGCACACUGGAUGACUCUGAGCAGGUAACAGAAUUUCUUAUAUUAAAGCUGGAAAAUGCAUAUAAAAUCCACAACCUUCGAUUCCGGGGCCGGGCAUGCAUGACAAAUUUACCAUCCAAUACGGCCUUUCGCGGAUUUGGCUUCCCACAAGGAACCCUGAUAACAGAAUCUUGCAUCACAGCUGUGGCAGCCAAAUGUGGCCUUCUGCCAGAAGAGAUUAGGGAGAAGAACAUGUACAAAACAAUUGAUAAAACCAUCUACAAACAAGCAUUCAGCCCCGAGACCCUGAUAAGAUGUUGGAAUGAGUGUCUGGACAAGUCUUCCUUUCAUAGCAGAAGAAUACAAGUGGAAGAGUUUAACAAGAAGAAUUAUUGGAAAAAGAAAGGCAUUGCAAUUAUCCCCAUGAAGUUUUCAGUCGGCUUUGCUGCAACAAGCUAUCAUCAGGCAGCUGCACUUGUUCAUAUCUACACAGAUGGGUCUGUAUUGGUCACACAUGGAGGCAACGAACUGGGACAAGGUAUUCACACCAAAAUGCUUCAGGUGGCCAGCCGUGAAUUAAAACUACCCAUGUCUUAUAUGCACAUCUGUGAAACAAGUACAGCCACGGUACCGAAUACAAUUGCUACAGCAGCUUCCAUUGGUUCGGACAUCAAUGGCAAAGCCGUGCAGAAUGCAUGUCAGAUCCUUCUGAAACGCCUUGAGCCCAUCAUUAAGAAAAAUCCAGGAGGUACAUGGGAGGACUGGAUAGAAGCUGCUUUUGAACAAAGAAUCAGUCUUUCAGCCACUGGAUACUUCAGGGGAUACAAGGCCGACAUGGACUGGGAGAAGGGAGAAGGAGACCCUUUUCCAUACUAUGUCUAUGGAGCAGCCUGUUCUGAGGUUGAAAUUGACUGCCUGACAGGCGCUCACAAGAAAAUCAGAACGGACAUCAUCAUGGAUGCAUGUUGCAGCCUAAAUCCUGCCAUUGAUAUUGGGCAGGUUGAAGGUUCCUUUAUUCAGGGAAUGGGCCUUUAUACCACUGAAGAGCUAAAAUAUUCCCCAGAAGGUGUUCUGUACUCUCGAGGCCCAGAUGAAUAUAAAAUUCCAACCAUCACUGACGUCCCAGAGGAGUUCAAUGUCUCCUUGUUGCCAUCAUCACAAACCCCAUUAACCAUCUAUUCAUCCAAGGGCCUGGGGGAGUCCGGGAUGUUCUUGGGGUCAUCUGUGUUCUUUGCCAUCACUGAUGCUGUGGCUGCAGCAUGCAAAGAAAGAGACAUAGUCGAGGACUUCAUAGUGAAGAGUCCAGCAACCCCGGAACAAGUUCGAAUGGCCUGUGCAGAUCGGUUCACAGAGAUGAUCCCAAGAGAUGACCCUAAGACAUUUAAACCUUGGUCUAUCCCUAUAGCGUAACACUGCUGUCAUUUCCUAAAAGGUGUUUCAGUUUUUCACAAGUGAAAAGAUGGUUUGUUAAUCCAAACUGAUACACUGUUGUGGAAGAAAAGACAAAUUUUAGAAACAUUAUUCAAGCCUGAUUAGGCUAACAAGAUAAAUCAUUAUUUGCUUAGACAUUUUAGCCUAGAGGUCACCAGAUAAGCAUUGCAAUAUCCACAGUAGCCAAGUUUAAGUUUGAUUUGUUUGUGAAGACAUCACGUAAAUAUUGCUCUAAAAGCAAACUUUUUUCUUUGUGUAUGCCUCCAAUCUAACUGGACUGACUAGUAAUACAGGUUGUGAUCCUAGAGUGGAAGACACUUCUCAGUAAAUAAACAUGUGAUUACUUUCCUCAA